AUGGCUUCAGAAAUAACAUCACAAGAGAAAGACGAAAAUGACUACGAACCCUACACGAAUCGACAGCCUACAAAUCCCAAUAGUACUUUCGAAACCUUGCUUCAUAUGCUCAAUGGAUCUUUGGGAAUGGGCAUAAUGGCUAUGCCGCUUGCAUUCAAAAAUGGGGGUCUCAUAUUUGGAGCAAUCGGAACCGUGGUCAUAUGUACAAUUUAUGUCCAUUGUGUUCAUUUAUUGGUUAGUACGACGUACAAAUCAUGCAAACGUAGUAAAGUUCCAUCGAUGGGAUACGCGGAAACUGUAAAAGAUGUAUUUUUCAACGGACCAGUAAAGGUGCAAUCAUACGCGACUUUAGCGACAGGCUAUGUAGACAUAACGCUUGUAAUCCAAAGUUCUUUGUCGUCCUGUUCGUAUCUUGUAUUCAUUGCUCAAUCUCUGCGAGAUGUUAUCUACAACCAGCAACAGAUCGAUUGGGAUACACGUGUUUAUCUGCUGCUUCUAUUGAUUCCCAUGAUCUUCUUCACUCAGAUUCGUGAACUGAAGUAUUUGGUUAUUUUUUCCGCUGCAGCAAACAUUCUGAUAAUAUCGGCUAUAGGUAUUAUUCUGUACAUUAUAUUCAAUGAAUCGUUACUAUUUGCCGAUAGAAAAAUGUGGCCACAGUGGAGCAAGUUACCGUCUUUCUCAAGUACAGUUCUUUUUGCAAUCCAAGGAAUUCGCUAUAUUCUUCCAAUCGAAAACAAGAUGCAACACCCUCAGCACUUUCUAGGUUGGUUUGGGGUUCUGUACGUAUCCAUGUCAAUACUGACAGUACUCUACAUCAUUACUGGAAUUUUCGGUUAUGCAAGUUAUGGAGAGGAAACUAAAGGAUCGGUUACGCUUAACUUGCCUAUUGAUGAUGUUGCUGCUGAAUUAACUCGCGUACUCUCAGCGACGGCCAUCCUGUUCUCCAUGAAUUUAAGCUAUUACGUCCCCAUAGAAAUCCUAUGGCAACAUCUGCAGACUAGAGUGUCAGACAAGUGGGCCAACUUGGUACAAAUUGUACUGCGGUUUUGUCUAAUCGUGACAUUGAUAGGAAUAGCCAUAGGAAUACCGAAAAUCGAACCGUUUGUGGGGCUGGUCGGAUCGCUCGGCACCGGAACGUUAGCAAUACUGUUUCCCGUCACCAUAGACACUAUCGUUCGAUGGCCAACCGGUGAUUUCGGCAGAAUGCAGUGGCUAUUGGUGAAGAAUAUGGUUUUACUGGUGUUUGGAAUAUUCAUCAUCGUGUCCGGAACAUAUUUUAGCAUUUUAGAUAUUAUAGCAAUAUAUGUUUAA